AUGGCUUCUUCUGAAUUAGAGUUAGAAGGGAGGAAAAGAAAAGUUCUUGAAGUAGGAUGCUGCAUUCAAAGAGAAGAAAAGAUGUUGAUUUAUGAAUACUUGCCCAAUAAAAGUCUUGACUUGUUUCUAUUCGAUCCAAUGCGAAGUGCAGUACUUGAUUGGCCUAAGCGCUUUCCUAUUAUAAAUGAUUCUGAUAUGAACCUAAAGAUAUCAGACUUUGGAAUGGCUAGAAGUUUUGGAGGAAACGAGACUGGAGCUAAUACUAGCCGAGUAGUUGGAACAUAUGGCUACAUGUCCCUAGAAUAUGCUAUAGAUGGCAUGUUUUCUGUGAAAUCAGAUAUAUUUAGCUUUGGCGUUUUGGUGCUUGAGAUUGUAAGUGGCAAAAGAAAUAGAGGAUUUUCUCAUAGAGAUCACCACCACAACCUUCUUGGACAUGCAUGGAUGCUGCAUAAAGAAGGAAGGUCACUGGAAUUCGUCGAUGAUUACCUUGGCAUUUCAUGUUAUUUAUCAGAAGUGCAGAGAUCGAUCCAUGUGGGACUGUUGUGUGUUCAACAAUGUCCAGAUGACAGGCCAAGCAUGUCUUCUGUAGUGUUUAUGCUUGGGAAUGAAGUUGAGUUGCCUCAAGCUAAGCAACCUGGUUUUUUCACAGAAAGGGAUUUGUUUAUGGCUGAAAGGUCAAGUCGCACAAAUGCGCCAAGCUCAAUAAACCUAAUGACUGUUACACAAAUGGAAGCACGAUAA